AUGAGUAUAGUGUCUGAGCCUCUGGUGGGGAGCAGCAGGUCUCUGUCUGCUGCCAAGAGGCACAAGAGCGUCAGGAAGAACUCCAGGAGGAUUUAUUCAGCGUACCAGGACCACCAGCAAGGCCUUUCAGACGAUGAAGACAAAGAGGAUGAGCGAGUGGAGAGCAACGACCCGGAGGAGAUGUUCCAGAACAUUCAGUACCAGAAAGAGAUCAUCGCCAAUAUCCGGACUCGGCCCUGGCCAAUGAGGCGCAAGCUCAAAGUCCUCAAACAAGCCAGAGAGAUUGUAUUGCAGUAUGAAGGCCGACUGACCAGAACCAGAGGUUACCAGACCGCUGGAGCUGACCUGCUGAAGAAACUUUCCCGGGUGCUUUACAACGUCGUGGUUCUCUUCAUUCCCUGGGAAGUUCGGAUCAAGAAGAUUGAAAGUCACUUUGGCUCGGGCGUGGCCUCCUACUUCAUCUUCCUCCGCUGGUUAUUUGGCAUCAACAUCGUCCUCACCAUCAUGACUGGAGCCUUCAUCGUCCUACCAGAGCUGCUGGCAGGAGCUCCGUUUGGAACAACGAGGAGUAAAACCAUCCCCAAAGAGCAUCUGGCUUCAGCCCAGGACCUGGACACCAUCUGGUCUCUUGGGGGCUACCUGCAAUACUCGGUGCUGUUCUACGGUUACUACGGCAGAGUGAGGAAAAUUGGCAGUGCAGGAUACCGGUUACCUCUUGCCUACUUCCUGGUUGGGAUGGCCGUCUUUGCUUACAGUUUCAUCAUUCUGCUACGGAAAAUGGCUAAGAACUCCCGCCUCAGCCUGGCCAGCGCGUCUGACGAGAACUUCACCUUCUGCUGGAGAGUUUUCUGUGCCUGGGACUACCUGAUCGGAAACCCCGAGGCUGCAGAGAGCAAAGGAGCCGCAAUCGUCAACAACAUCCGGGAAGCCAUCGUGGAAGAACAGGAAAAGAAGAAAGAUACAAGUCUGGCGGUUCUCAUCAGUCUGCGUAUCUUGGCCAACAUCCUGGUGCUGCUGUCGCUGGCCGGCAGCAUAUAUAUCAUCUACUUCGUGGUGGACCGCUCUCAGAAGCUGGAGCAGGAGAAGCCGGAGCUGACGCUGUGGGAGAAGAAUGAGGUGAGUGUGGUGGUUUCUCUCAUCACUAUGAUCGCUCCGUCCGCCUUCGAGCUGGUGUCCCAGCUGGAGAUGUACCACCCUCGCACAUCCCUUCGAUUCCAGCUGGCCAGAGUGCUGGUUUUAUACCUGGGGAAUCUGUACAGCCUCAUCAUUGCCCUGCUGGAUAAAGUGAACAGUAUGAGCUCUGCGGUGAGUGAAGAUCCAGCAAACUGGACUGACUCCAGCUCCUUCCUGGCCACCAUCUCUCAGCCCGAGGCGGACAGCCUCUCCACCCUGGUGUCGGACAUCUCCAUCUCCGGCCAUCACAACAGCACCAUGGCCACCAUCACCACCGUGCUGGACGCCACCAACAGCAGCGGCGGCGGCGCCGCCAGGAGCCGGAGCAGCUCCGGGCUGGUCUCCAACCAGACGGGUCUGUUUGAGAAGAACACCCGGUCUCAGCAGGAUCAGUGCUGGGAGACCUACGUCGGACAGGAGAUGCUGAAGCUGUCCAUCAUCGACAUGAUCUUCACCGUGGCCAGCAUCCUGCUGAUCGACUUCAUCAGAGGCCUGGUGGUUCGUUACCUGAGCGACUGCUGCUGCUGGGAUUUAGAAAGCAAGUUUCCUGAAUAUGGAGAAUUCAAAAUAGCUGAGAAUGUUCUGCAUCUCAUAUAUAACCAGGGAAUGAUCUGGAUGGGAGCGUUUUUCUCUCCCUGUCUUCCCGCCUUCAACGUGCUGAAGCUGAUCGGACUGAUGUAUCUGAGGAGCUGGGCCGUCCUCACCUGUAACGUUCCCCAUCAGCAGGUCUUCAGAGCCUCCAGAUCAAACAAUUUCUACCUGGCUAUGCUGCUCUUCAUGCUCUUUCUGUGUAUGCUGCCCACCAUCUUUGCCAUAGUGAGAUACCGACCAUCCCAGCACUGUGGACCAUUCAGCGGCCAGGAGAAGAUUUACGACAUCAUUUCUGAGACUGUGGCCAGCGACUUCCCACUGUGGUUCAGCAAAGUGAUGAGUUACAUCACCAGCCCGGUCGUCGUGCUGCCGGGGCUGCUGCUGCUGUUCAUGUUGAUAUACUACCUCCAGGCCAUCGCCAGAUCCCUCAAAUUCACCAACAACCAGCUGAGGAUGCAGCUCCAGACUGAGCGUACAGAGGACAAGAAGAAAGUCUUCCAGAUGGCUGCAGCGAGGCUGCAAGCACCCGAGGCGGCGGCCGAGAAUAAACCCGAGCAGCAGGAGAGCGACGUGACCAGCCAGGACGCGUCCACCCACAGCCCGUCCCCCCGCAGGAACGGCAGCGUGGCCAACUUCCAGUCCCCCGUCCACCGCGGGAACAGCAUCCGCACCAUCACCCAGUCGGCGUCCCGGUCCGACCUGAACAGGGGCAGCAUGGCCGGGUCUGUGAGGAGUCCGGCCGUCACCGUGCUGCCCAGACACCGGCUGGAGCACAUCCCCAACAGGCCGUUCCUUGGUGGUCCCAGUGGAGCCUGCCGGUCCAAAUCCUACCACCACAUGGCGUACAAACCCCCAUCUCACUAUGUUGACAGCAUCCACUCUGACCCACUGUACAGGAAGACCAUACGAUCCGUCCUUCCCCUGGAGGCCACUGGGAUCAUCACGGCACAGAGCUACGGGGGGCGGCGAGGCCCCACCACCCGGUACGUGAUCGUCAACGAGCACGAGCCCAGGAAGAAGCUGCUGCGCUCGGCCACGCGGAUCCCUCGCCACUACCUCAUGGAGGAGCCGGCGGAGAUCCUGGAGCUGUACCCGCGUAACGUCCGGCGCUACACGCCGCGCCCCGCCCACCACCAGCCCCAUCCUCCCCGCUCACACCAGUCACAGCAGCAUCUGAGCGAAGAGGAGGAAGAGGAGGAGGGGCAGGGGAAAGGGAGGAAGAGGAUGGCACUGGGAAAAGCCCAUCGACCCCGUUCCCUGUCUGACCUCCACCAGUCCACGCAGUUUUACAUCGGCGACCGUGGGGAAGGCCCCGUGGCCACAGCUAAAGAUGGCCUCACAGCCCGAGGAAGAUACGGAGCUCUAGGAGACGACGAAGAGGAAGAUGGCGAGGGAGAAGUGGACUGGGGGGACGCAGAGCCACACUGUCGCUCUCAGGCCAGCGGGAGAGCGGCUGACCCUGUUGUGCGAGCCAAGCGUCGCAUCCACUCCCCGGCCAGGCAGAGUCAGUCCCCGGGCAGGACCCGGCACGGGGAGUCCUACGUGAAGCCCAAAGCCAGGACGAAGCUGGAGACCCCGCUGACCGAGUCGGACUCGGCCUCCUUGGCUUCCAGCAGCGACCAGCAGAACAGCAGCACUGACCAGUACAUCCAAGUCAUCCACAACAAGGAGCGCUAUCUCAAAUCUGAGGCCAGGCAAGGAAAGAUGGGCAAAAAGAAAUCAAAAACCAACUUUGAUCUCAAUACCGCUGAGUCCAGUGAGCUGGUCUGCUCCAAUGUCUGACAUUCCUCCUCAACGUAUUUAUUGUUGAAGCGCU